GGUAUUGAAUCCGGAAUUGAUAAAUAAGUUCUACUCAGUGCUUUUUUUACAUUAGCGCAGAAAACAUAAUGAAGUUCUAGAUAUGAUGAAUCAGUACCACAUGUCUAGAUUAUUAUGCCAUCCGUUCUUGUUAGGAAGGACACGAUGCUGUUGUAUCUUUACUCUUCGGAAGAUAGUCACUUUUUCUAUUUGAGGUCCUUGACACGGCCAAUUGCACCAAAUCACGAAAUUAAAGACAAUUAUCAGUUUAUUUAUGACAUGAUGUAUACCAUCGUAUAAAUUAUCAGCCGAUUAUGCUGCCGCCAGAAGUUAAUCGGAAACUAUCAUCCCAGCAAUUAAAUCAUGCAUGGUCAAUCUUCAGACGUAGCUUCUUGCUUCACCUUCUCGAUUCGCUCCCGCGUCUGCAGCCAACCGCGUAGGUACUUAGCCUACGUACCUAGGUAGCUUUCCUCCAUAAUUUAAUUGCCCAUUACUUCUCACUGCGCUGUGUAUGUGAGUGAGGUAAAGAAUGUCUAAGUCCGACCAGAAGAAAGCAAUCAUCGUCGGAGCCGGUGCUGGCGGCAUCGCUACAGCAGCACGCUUAGCGAAAUGUGGAUUCUCCGUCACUGUACUCGAGAAGAAUUCGUUCACAGGAGGUCGGUGUAGCUUGAUACAUCAUGAAGGCUAUCGCUUCGACCAAGGCCCCUCUUUACUCCUGCUGCCCAAGCUGUUUAAAGAAACCUUUCAUGACCUAGAUACCUCACUUGAAGAUGAGGAUAUUCAGCUAUUGCGUUGCCCUACCAAUUAUGCAGUGUGGUUCGCCGACGGUGAACGCUUCGAACUCUCAACUGACCUUACUAGUAUGAAAGCCCAAGUUGAGCGUUGGGAAGGCAAAGAUGGGUUUCGCAGUUAUCUCGCUUGGCUGCGUGAGGCACAUCAACAUUACGAGUUAAGUGUCUCAGAGGUUCUACAUAGGAACUUUAUUAGUAUUUGGCAAUUGGCCGCUCCGCGCUUCAUUCUCGCAGGCCUCAAGAUGCACCCUUUAAACACCAUAUGGGGUCGCGCGAGUAAAUAUUUCCGGACCGAACGACUGAGGCGUGUAUUCACGUUUGCGACUAUGUAUAUGGGCAUGUCACCUUUCGAUGCGCCGGCUACAUACUCCCUGCUACAGUACACCGAACUCACGGAGGGGAUAUGGUAUCCACGAGGCGGAUUUCAUGCCGUGCUCGCCGCUCUGGUGAAGGUUGGCGAGAGGUUAGGCGUCGAGUACCGACUAAAUGCGCCCGUCGAAAAUGUUAUUACACACCCCGAUGGAAAGUUUGCAAGAGGAGUACGGCUAGAAUCGGGGGAGGCGUUGGAAGCAGACGUUGUGAUUAUUAACGCGGACCUCGUGUACGCCUAUUCCAACUUAAUCCCCCAAACACCCAGCAUACAAGACUACAGCAAGUCAUUAAGACAAAAGGAUGGCUCUUGUAGUUCGAUAUCAUUUUACUGGAGUCUGAACCGGAAAGUGCCCGAGCUUCAGACGCAUAAUAUCUUCCUUUCGGACGAGUAUCGCGAAUCGUUUGACGCUAUCUUCGACAGAAAAUCACUACCAGAGGAACCCAGCUUUUACAUCAACGUGCCUAGUCGAAUUGAUCCAACCGCUGCCCCUGACGGCUGCGACUCGAUUAUUGCGCUCGUACCUACUGGUCACCUAUCACAGUCGAGAGGGGUUUUGGAAUCAGAUAUUGGACUACCAAGGGACCAAGAUUGGCCAGCACUCAUAGAACGAGCGCGCCAAUGCGUAUUGUCUACGAUCGAAGCACGUACGGGAUGCGAGCCACUAGAGAAGCAUAUAACUCAUGAGAUCGUCAAUAACCCACAGACGUGGGAAGAUAAGUUCAACCUAGAUAAGGGGUCGAUUCUCGGUUUAAGUCACAGCUUCUUCAACGUGCUCGCGUUCCGCCCCGGCACACGGGCGCGAGGCGGCCUUGCAAACGUUCACUUUGUUGGCGCUAGUACCCAUCCGGGUACCGGGGUGCCAAUAGUACUUGCCGGAGCCCGGCUCACGGCCUCGCAAGUUCUUAAUGACUUCGGGAUGCGGGUGCCUUGGCAGGAGAAACCACCCGUAGUAGCGGACCAAGGGAUACCACAGACGGAGAUGACUGGGAAACUGGAUAGGAUACAGAACCCAUCAUCUCUGGGUGCUAUCAUGUGGCUACUACUAGGCGUGUGGGUGAUAUAUGUACUUCGCCAUUGGUAUCCAGGUAUAUUUUAGUUGGAAAUUAUAUGUGUCUGAUAUCUUAAUAGGUAGACAAGGACUACUAUUUAGACUAAUAUUUAGCUAGACCGAUUUGACGACGUAGUGAGGUAGGCGACGGAGAAGUAUUCGCAUUUACUAUGUAAUUGUAAUCAAUAAAUAUUUCAACAAGGAC